GGCGGAGGGAAAGUUCAAAAUUAUAUCAACAGGAACGGUGAAAUUAACGUUACAAGAGGUAGCGAGUACAAUGAUUAGACAAGCGAAGGGUAAAACCCCCCGCAGGCCUCCUCCUAAAAAGCCUCACAGCAACCAGAAAGACCCUGUUGGGGUGUACUGUCGUGUACGACCUCUGGGUGCUGAAGACAAUGAGUGCUGCAUUGAGGUUAUCAGUAGCUCCACCAUCCAGCUGCACGCCCCUGAAGGCUUCAAAACAAACCGCAAUGGAGAGUACAAAGAGACACAGUAUUCCUUCAAAAAAGUAUUUGGAGUUUCAGUAUCUCAGAAGGAGCUGUUUGAACAUGUGGCCAAACCUCUUGUCGAUGACCUGAUUCAUGGGAAGAAUGGUCUGCUCUUUACAUACGGGGUCACAGGAAGCGGAAAGACGUUCACCAUGACGGGCUCUCCAGGCCAUGGUGGACUUCUACCUCGCUCACUUGACAUGAUCUUCAACAGUAUAGGAACCUACCAGGCCAAAAGAUAUAUUUUCAAGACCGAUGACAAAAAUGGUAUGGAGGUCCAGAAUGAAGUUGAUGCUUUGUUGGAGCGCCAAAGGCGAGAAAACAACUUGCCGGUUCCUAAAACACCUUCCUCCAGACAAAAGCUUGAUCCUGAAAUUGCUGACAUGAUUAAGCCGGAGGAGGCCUACAAAGCAGUUGGGGUGGACGAGGACAGCAGCUACAGCGUCUUUGUCUCCUACAUAGAAAUCUACAACAACUACAUCUAUGAUCUCUUGGAGGAAACUCAGGAGGAUGCAAUCAAACCGAAGUGGAAUGGUGGAGGCACACCUGUGCGCCAGAACACUGAGUUCAUACCACCUCAAUCUAAAAUCCUCAGAGAGGAUCAGAAUCACAACAUGUAUGUGGCUGGUUGUAUGGAGAUCGAAGUCAAGUCUGCUGAGGAGGCAUUUCAAGUAUUCUGGAGAGGUCAGAAGAAGAGGAAGGUUGCGAAUACCUGCCUGAACAGAGAGUCCAGUCGCUCCCACAGUGUGCUCAUUAUUAAACUGGCUCAGGCUCCUCUUGAUGCAGAUGGCGACAAAAUUCUUCAGGAUAAAAACCAGGUGACCGUCAGUCAGCUGUGCCUGGUGGACUUGGCAGGAAGUGAGCGCACCGGUAGGACUGGGGCAGAAGGCACUCGUAUACGCGAAGCAGGUAACAUUAAUCAGUCUUUGCUGAAUCUGCGGACGUGCAUCGAGAUACUUCGAGAAAACCAGAUGUGCGGCACAAACAGGAUGGUCCCCUACAGAGACUCUAAAGUAACCCAUCUGUUCAAGAACUACUUUGAUGGAGAGGGCAAAGUCAAGAUGAUUGUUUGUGUCAAUCCCAAAGCUGACGACUACGAGGAAACCUUGCUGGUGAUGCGGUUUGCAGAGAUGACCCAGGAGGUGGAGGUAGCUCGGCCGGUGGACAGGCCCAUCUGUGGCUUCACCCCGGGCCGUCGCCAUAGAAACCAGGCCUUUAAAGAAGAGCUGUCUCGCAAGCUUGAGGAGCGUGGUGGUCCAGUAGACAGAGAUGUGCCCUCUGUCAUAAGUCACCUGGUGCUCAACCUCCCACCUCUGCCCUCCUCUGAGCUGACCGACCCUCAUGAUGACAUCACCCUGCCCAGGCUGAUCGAAGCUCUGCAGAACAGGCACAGGAUCAGGCAGAUGAUGAUUGACGAGUACAGCAAAGCAGCUCACACCAUGAAGUCCAUGCUUCAGGAACUGGAUUGCAACCUCAAUUCCAAUAACAAUUUUAUUCAUGAACAAAAUGGCAAGCUGGCAGAGAAGGACAAAAUCAUCCAGAACAACAAGGCAGAGAUUGAACGCCUCGACAAGAAAACCAAGAUGCAAGAACACAAAAUUGAUAUCCUGCAGAAAACAGCUAAAAUCUAUGAGGACGACAAGCGUUCACUGCAGCAGGAGCUGGAGACGAGAGAGCAGAGGCUGCAGAGGGAGCUGUCUGACAAGAGACGCAUGGAGCAGCGCAUGCAUGGCGUGGUCACAGACACCCAGCUCAAAUGGGAGAAAGAAUGUGACAGACGUGUUAAUGCGAAGCAGCUGGAGAUGCAAAACAAACUCUGGGUGAAAGACGAGAAGCUGAAGCAGCUCAAGGCCAUUGUGACAGAAAGCAAGACUUCAGGUCGUCCUGAUCCCCCGCAGCGUCAGACACAGCCAAAACGGCCGUCCAGAGAGGAACGCCUUCCUGCAAAGAGAUCGGCCUCGCCAUCACCCCUCCCUUGCCCUGUUGAGUCUCCCCAUGUCAGACCAGGGCCAGUCAGUUGCACUAGAGUUGAGCAAGAUGAAAUUAACCCAAGGCCCACCUGCCCCAUCCCUAUCCCCAGCACCAGUAGCUCUUUGUCUGUGACUAGCUGCAUCUCUGCGUUGGAGCAGUGGGCGGCCCAGGACAUCAGGCAGGGUUACCAGUCCGCUAGUACGCCCACGAGAACCCACCCCAGGGCAGACGCCUCAGCCAGCAAGGCCAGGAGGAGAGCUGUGUGUUGGAUGAGAGAGGAAGAGGAGGCCAGCUCCCUUACAUUUGAUGUAGAUCUAACUGAGAGAAGCUACAGGACGGCAACGCCGGUGCGGCCGCUGCACCGUCGCUCCCGCUCUGCUGGCGGGGAGAAGUGGGUGGACCACAAGCCCUCCUCCAGCAUGGACUUGGGUACAGUUUUGCAGCCCGUCAUCCCCAAUGCCAUUCAGGUGUCUGCUCCCAGUGAGAAGGCCCUGUCGAAGUGUGACAGAUACGUGUUAACGCACCAGGAGGUUGCCUCUGAUGGUGAGAUACAGACCAAACUUAUUAAGGGUGAGGUGAUUAAAACCAGAGGAGGAGGACAGGCUGUCCAGUUCACCGACAUUGAGACACUGAAACAGGAGCUCACCACAGUCCCAAGCCGCAAAAGAAAAUCUUCAGAAGGCAAACCUUCCAAUGGAGAUCAGACAGAUGGAGCUUGGACUGAUGUUGAGACGAGGUGCUCUGUGGCUAUGGAGAUGAGGGCUGGAUCAAACAUGGGCCCUGGCUAUGAGCAUCAUGGGAUCACCAAGCGCAGAAAGCCCUAAAAACAACCACCAGCUGCUCCAGUGAUCACUUCCCUCUUUCCUCACCUGGCUUUUGUGCAAUAGUCUGGACUUUUUUAUAUAUUUAGCUCUAGUGAUUAAUAUUUAAGAAUUUCCAAGCUUUUAUAUAUGCAACAGUGUAUACACAUGGGUCACCAAAGCUUUUUUGUAAAAUAUUUUAUAUGCUGUAUUUGAACCAAUAGAUAACAAAUGUUAUGUGAUUCAGUCAAGGAUGGUUGCAAAUAUUUAGCUACUGUGGCCCUGCUGCUGAAAAAAGACUUUCUGCACAUUUGUGUGUAAUAAUUAGUCACAUUUGUUAUUUGGCACAUGAGACAUUGUGAAGCCGCCAUACAGCUUUUUGUCCACUCCGUACUGUUUCUGUCUGUUGAUGGGUGAGUUAUGUUGAGCUUCAAGUGGAAUCUGAAUAAUCCAGUUGUUUAUAUCUGAAAUCUGCUUCUGCCACUGAUAAAGCUCAGGAAUAAAAUUCCUUUGCAGCACCA